AUGUCGUCAAUCAUCCGCCUCCUCGUCCUUUCCGAUACUCACUCCAUUUGGCCCUACACCCCAGACUGCCCUGCACCUCCAUGCGACAUCCUCAUUCACUGUGGUGAUCUCACACAAGUUGGCGGUCUUCCCGCAUACAAGAAGGCUAUGCAAGACAUUCAGACCGUCGACGCAGAGCUCAAACUCGUCAUCGCCGGCAACCAUGACCUCGAUCUUGAUGAAGAGUGGGUGCGCAAGAACGCUGAAGAUGGAGAAGAGGAAGAAGAUACAGAGGACAGUAGGAAAUGUGUCAGUUUCAUGAAGUCUCACGAGAAAGACGGUGUAUACUACCUAGAAGAGGGUAGACAUGAGUUCAAGCUGAAGGAUGGGAGAAGCUUCAGUGUCUGGGCGAGUCCGUAUACGCCUGAGUUUAACGGGCAUGCAUUUGCGUACGGAAAAGACGAAGAUCGGUUCAGCAACAUACCCGAAGAUAUCGACAUCUUGAUGACACAUGGACCGCCUUCAUUCACUGACGAACUCGGCUAUGGUCUCGAUGUCAAUGUGAAAGGAGAGAGCUGUGGAUGCAAGGUGCUAGGUGAUGCAGUGAAGAGAGUGAAGCCAAGACUGCAUUGCUUUGGGCAUGUGCACGAAGGGAGAGGCGCUGUGAAGAUGCAGUGGUCUGAGAAGGGAAAUGGGAAUGAAAGAGUAAAGAUGCUGCCCGAUGAUGGGAGAAAGCUUAGCAUAAGCAAAGAACUGGAGAGGACCAGAUCUGUGCUAGUGAACGCGGCGGUAUGGGGUGAAUCAAAAGGCUGGACUAUCAACCUCGACAUUUAA